AUGUCGAAAACCCGGGCGAGAGGCGGAAGUGAUGAACCGGUCACGGGGAAAGCUGCAGCAGGCAAAAGAAGCCACAGUGCCGGUGAAUCAUCUCCAGAAAAAACGACAAAAAGAGCCAAGCAGGUGGAACCAAGCACGGCCAAACAAACAACUCGGCCUACAAUACGUGCCAACACCUUUGGUCUCGAGUUCGAAUACAUCCUCGGGUUCAAAGAGGAGCUGUUGCAAUCGACUUUGGCUCGUUACAAUUUGAAGGCCGACAUGGUCAAGCAAUUCACCGAUCAUGAGCACAGGAACCUUCUUGGAGAAUAUGCUCCUCACUUCAACGAUAACCCAUCACAUAACUGCAGGCUACGAUAUCCGUCAUGGGCUCUACAUGUCCCAGAAGACGAUAUUGUCUGUGCAAACGGGUUACACCAUGGCCAAUUCGUCACGAAAACAUCGAACGACAAACAGUGGAUAAGGCCAUAUGUUAUGGAGCCACUCCUCAUCGCAAAAGAUCGUCUUCAAGAGGCUGGAUUCACUACCAAUGUCAUAGGACUGAUAGAGCCAGAUCCUGCCAGCCCAAACGAUCCACAAAAAUCAGAAAUACCAUUCCCUGCAAAAGACAAAAACAUCAUGAUCCGAAAGAGCACAGUGGACUAUUCGAAUUGGACAUUGACCAACGACCACACUCUUAUCGGCGUUCUUCCAAGUCAGCUAAAAGACCACUUGAAGACACGAGGCAUUACAAAUUCCAAUACAACGAACUGGGACAGCGCGGGAAUAGAGCUGAUAUCCCCAGUAUUCGACUUACAAACCAAGGACGAGGCAUUUCCACAAAUCAAACAACGUUUACAAUCACUUUCGGGCAAUAAUGACACGUCAAUUCUCAGCUCUGUCUGGGCCAGUCUACACGUACAUAUCGGCCUCAAUUUCCAAGAUCCAAAAGACAUGCCCAUACUAUUAUUACAACACCUCGCCUACAUCCUUGUUUUACACGAAGACCUCAUUUCAAAGUGUCAUCCAAGAAGUCGCAGUGGUAUCCCGGUCCGGAAGUCCACUCCCGCUGAAUCACUUGAAGAACAAGAAGAUGAAGAUUUCGAUGUUGAUGAUGAUGAGUUCGACCCAGACGCUCCGUUUCCCGAGCCACCUCCCUCGCCCACUGAAGAGGAAAAAGCAAACGAAGACGAAACCAAAGUGCUGGCUUUCGAGGCCGAGUAUACCGGAGUCGAUAAUGUCGACUCCAAUGCUCAAUACCUACGAAGUCAGUUGGGCGGACAUAGCCCUCGACAGCAACUUCUCGAUAUCCGAGACAAGAUCUUCCAGGAACAAGGGACGAUCUUCGACUUAAUUUCACUACUACAACGACCGAAAAAUCCUGCUUUGCCAGACGGUCACCGACAUCGUGGUUACAUGUACAACUUUGCAAAUCUAUGGACCAUGGCCACAGGCGACACGCCAUGGAAACCUAUCAAGCCAACCAUCGAGUUUCGACAGCAUGCCUGUACAACGGACGUUGAUGCUGUUAGACACUGGGUGGUCCUCCUGGAAGCCAUAGUCAGAGCAGCGGAGCGGAAAGCCGCUCAAACAACCGAGGGCAAUACUUCAAUCUCAAUUGAUGCUUCGCGAUCAUUUGCCGAACGGGAGACUAGCAAGUAUCGGACUGGGACUACAACAACCCUCUCGUGGCCGUACGAGAGCAUGUACAACUUUUGUGUCAGAUUUUUGGAGCUGGAUGAAGACGAGGGGAAUUACUGGCAGGGUCGAUUUGAUUUAUACAAGGAAGACCGGCCGGAUGGUAUUUGA